GUUUCACUCUAGCAGGAAGCAGACCAGGCUUUGCAGGCUUCAUUCUGUUAGUCCUUGGCCAGUCAAGGAGCUCUCCUGACAGGAUUUUUUUCUCAUGAUGGCAAAAGCGCAUCUGCUGCUCUUGGCUCUUCUAAUCUGCUCUGCUCAUGGAGCUGGUCUGGAGGAUAAGAAAGGGCCACUGGACCAUAAAGUUUUAGAUGUGCCAGAGGCCACACCAGUGCCAUUUGCUAUUUUUCAGUUUACAUCCACAGUAGAAGGUGUAUCAUCAUACCGUGUGAGUGGUGGGACGGAGGGAAAAAUUAGCAUAUCUUCAGAUGGCUGGUUGUACCUUGAAGAACCGCUGCAAUGGAGCCCUGAGAAACGGCAUGAUCUAAAUAUAGAGGCGCUGUCAGCUGAUGAUAACGUCCUUGAUGGACCUUACUCAGUUGUACUCCAAGUCAUAGACGUCAACAACAAUCCUCCUGUCUUUACUCAGAGUCAGUAUAGUGGAAGUAUCAGAGAGCAUUCGCCUGCAGGCAUGCCAUUUGUGCAAGUGCUUGCCACUGAUGAUGAUGAUGCAAACACACCCAAUGCUCAGCUGAGCUACAGCAUAGAGAACCAGAUCCCCAACCCCUCUGGCCAAUUCUUCUUUACCAUCAACCCAAACAAUGGAGAAAUUUCCACCACAGAAGAGGGAGCAGCUUUUCUGAGAGCCAAAACUGGAGUGAUAUACAGUCGGGGUGAGACCCGAGGAAGUGUUGACGUUCUGAAGAAAAAGUUUGAUGAAUUCUGCUCUCCAAAGACUGAAGUGCCCCUAGAGAAUAACCCCUUCUUCACAUGUGUCCAGCAUGCUGAGAGCAAAAGAUUUAAUGCUAUCCAGGACCCAGACUACACUUUGAUUGUGCGAGCAGUGGAUUUAGGUGGUGGAGCCCCCAGUGCUCUCAGCAGCACCACUCGGGUCAACGUAGCCAUCACUCAAAACCUCUGGGUCCGCCCAAAGCCAAUCACCAUCAAGGAAAAUUUGUUGAAUGAAUAUCCCAUGCUGAUUGCUUCGGUGCGCUCUAAUGACCCCAAUGCACUAUACAGGCUGGUGCAAAAUGAGAACGAGAUUCACUUUCCAUUCACUAUCAAUGAAGAUGGAGCCAUAUUUGUUACUGAGCCUUUGGACAGAGAGCAGAAGGACAGGUACAUACUGGUGGUGUUGGCAGAGGAUGAUCAAGGUGUUGAGCUGGAGACUCCCAUGGAGAUCCAAGUGAAGGUGGGGGAUGAGAAUGAUAGCCCUCCUGUGUGUGCAGAAGCUGAAAGUAUAUUUGAGGUGCAGGAGAACGAGAUAGUGGGUAGCCAUAUUGGUGAUCUGUUGGUUCUUGAUGCGGAUGAGGAGAACACACUCAACUCACUGCUGAGCUACAGACUUUUGAGCCAGAACCCCGCCAACCCUUCUGAAGGAAUGUUCUCCAUUGAUGAAGCACAAGGGAAGAUCCAGGUGGCCAAACACAACUUCCGUAGAAAGGACGUGCCAGAAUAUCAGCUCACGAUUGGAGUAACUGAUGGAGUUCACAGUACAGAGUGUAAUGUUGUCAUCAAAAUCAUCGACAUCAACAAUGAGAUCCCCAUCUUUGAGAAGAAUGAUUAUGGGACAUACAGUGUUCCAGAGGUAGCAGACGUGGGCACCACUCUCCUGACCAUUAAAGCUACAGACGCUGAUGAUCCUGGCACAGGUAGCUCCAGGGUGGAGUACCAUAUCUCUAAAGGAGACCCAGACAAAUUAUUUGCCAUAGAGGUUGACGAUACCACUGGGGAGGGCAGAGUCUACAUUGCACAGCCUUUGGAUUAUGAGGUUCAGUCUAUCUACCAGCUUCAGAUUGACGCCCGUAAUCCCGAGCCCCUGAUCGAGGGAGUGGAGUACAAUGAACAUUCCACUACAGUCGUGGUCAUUGAGCUGGUGGACGUGGAUGAGCCUCCAGUGUUUACUGUGGACAUACUGAACAUCAACGUCCCAGAAAAUCUCACUGUAGGAACUACCCUCUUGACAGCUGAUGCCAAGGACCCAGAUGGACAGAAAAUUAUGUUCAAGCUAGAGGGUGAUGAGCAGGGCUGGUUCGAAGUGGAUCCUGAUUCUGGAGAGCUGAAGACUAAAGCAGAGAUGGACAGGGAAGUGGUAGACCAGCUCAAAGUCCGGAUCAUUGCUUAUGAGACAGAUGGUCAGAAGCAGGAAACUGAGAAAGAAGUGUCAAUCCAACUGUUGGAUGUGAAUGAUAACUUCCCUAAGCUGCAAAAGACUCAGGGGUUCAUGUGUGUGAAGAACCCGACCCCCUUGGUGCUGACCGCUGUGGAUGCUGAUGCACCACCCUAUGGAGAGCCCUUUACCUUUGCACUGCAAAUGGCCCGCAAGUCACCCAACUGGGAGAUCACGAAAGUAGACGGAACCUCAGCUAAACUGGUUCUAAAGAAGAAGCCGGCUGUUGACCAGACUUGGAGCAUUCCUGUCAACAUCAAAGACAACGCAGGCAUGGGUGUUACACAGAAGUUUGAGGUGCGAGUUUGUAACUGCACUGAGUUGGGCUACUGUUACAUGGAACCGAAACCUCAUGCCUGGAAGUUGGGCGUAUCGACCACAAUUGCCAUUCUGGGAGGAGUUUUGGGAUUUAUCAUCCUGCUCCUGAUUAUUGUAAUUUGCCGCAUCAAGAAGAGGGACAAGAAGGAGGAGAAAGUCAUGGCUGAUGGAGAAACUAAUGCCAUGCUCUAGAAGCCGUGUUCUGUUGAGCUCUCCCACAUGUGGUUUAUUCAAUUCAGAUGCAGACCGUUCAGCCUCCAUUCCAAUUUCUGAAAUUCAUGAAACAGACUGUGCCUUUUGACCUUGGAGGAUUUUUUUUUUUUGAAUUGGCAGGUAAUAUUUUUAUGCAGUGUUGUUGCAAUUUGGAGGUACUACUUGUAACUUAUUAUCUGUGAGCAUGGCCAUGUUCCAGCACAAUUGUUCCAGCACAAAAUCUUCAAAGAUUGUCUUCACCCCAAGCCAGAAUAACUCUCCCGGUGGCCUUGCUGUUUUGUUAAAUAAUAAAUGGUUUAGAUUUAAUUAAAAAAAUGUAAUCUUUUAGGCAUAAAUACAUCUAUACAGCAUCACAUCCACUAUGACUAUGACUUUGUAUAAUCUCGACCAAAUUACACCUUAACCAGUCUCUUGGAUGCAUGAAUCCCUGAGCGCAUGCAUGAAUCUUACAGCAUACAGCCAAUGAGUUAAAAUAUUCUAUAAAAGUCAAUCAGAUACUUUUUAAAAACAAAAAAUCAUUCUUCAUAAAUUGCAGGAAUCCAAUACAAUAAUUGCUUUAUAUUUUUAGUUCUUCUGUUGAAAAGCAAUAUUAUUUUUUGAUUGGCUGUUCAGCCUAAACAUCAUGAAGAGGUUUUUAAGAGGCUGCUGUGGCAUUUUGUUGUAAGUGUGUUAAGUCAUGUGUACCAUAAAAUAAUCCAAUUACUGAUUCUGCAGCAAUUUGCUAAAAUGUGACCUCAAAAAGGAAGGUUGGCCCUAAUUGGUCCAGGAACUGUUUAUGAUCUAUAAUCCCGAACUUAACAGGUUAGAUGUGCCGUUUAGAGUUUUUUGGCUAAACAAGCAUCCCUGCUUUGUGAGACAGGCCCUUGAUUUAGCUCCAUCUCCAUAACACUCCAUCUGCUUACCAAAUCCUAUCUCUCCAUCCAUAUUUCCCCAGCUAAGAAGCCUGCACUUUUAGCUACUGAUGAUUUCGUUUGUUGAUUUUCUGAGUAUGAGUGUGGUCAGUGCAGGUGUGUGCUGCUACAUGCUCUGUUAGUCUGAAUGUGAUGAGCGCUUUGCUGUAAUGCUAGAGAAACGCAUAUUUAUUCUCAUGACCUACAAUCAGUUCAAAGGUACAUUCAAUUUUGUAGCUUGUCCUUUUGCCCAAAGAUCUCUUGUUCAGCUCAUAGUUGUUUAUUUUAGAAUGGAAAGAAAAGUAAAGCUUUAAUACAUAAAGUGCUAGUUUUUCAUUCUGUUAAUAAACUUCUCAUUUAAAUUAGAAUGUUUAAAUGGUUACAGUGUUAUUUAUAUGAAGGUAACCAUGGUUCCAUGUUUGCAAUUCCAAAAAAAAAAAGUUGUAACACUACCUCCUAAAAUUAAAGGGUUCUUAAGAACUAUGCAACAGAAGAACCACUUUUGGUUCCCUAAAGCUUCUUUCAGUCUAUGGCCAUUCACAGAGCCAUUUUUUUGAGUUGUGUGAGUGUGAAGAAUGUUUUCAAAGGUUAAAGAUUAUCUGCAUAGUGUGAAGGUUCUAUACCAAUUAAACUUUUCUCCCGGAAUUGUAUGUCCAAGCCAAGAACCCUUUAGGAACCUUUAUUUUUAAGAGUGCUGAAAUAGUAUUACUAUAAUAUAACUUUUAUGUUAUAUUAUUUGAUCUAUUCACUGUUGCCUUGCUUUGUUAAUAGCGUGAUGAAAAUGUAGAUACAGGAUGAAAACUGUAGGAUGUUCUUAUAUAGUGUGUUUAUAUUCAUGUCUCUCUGUCAUAGCAAUGAUGCACUUCAAUCCAAGUUGUUCCCAACACAUGGUAUCCCUGUUUCCCCAACCAUGACAUCCAGGGGGUCUGUCCUAGGUUACAAUGAGUGAUUUAAGGUCUAGUGCUCUUAUUAGUGCAAACUGACAUGUAUUAUCACAUAGGUUACCAGUUUGAAACAUGAUUAAGAAAUUCUGGCAAUAAAGCAGAGAGGUCCAAGAGCCAUUAACUUUAUCACUGGCCCUCUAUCUUUUCCAUG